GCGCAUGCGCGCGGGGCCGCCGCGCCAUAGCAACCGGAGCGUUAACGGUAGCAACGGCAAUGGCAAAAGCAACAACUAUCAAAGAAGCUCUAGCCAAAUGGGAAGAAAAAACUGGACAGAAGGCUUCAGAGGCAAAGGAGGUGAAACUCUAUGGCCAGAUUCCUCCUGUAGAGAGGAUGGAUGAAUCUCUCUCCACGCUUGUUAACUGCGAGAAGCUGUCAUUGUCUACAAACUGCAUUGAAAGAAUCGCCAACUUGAACAGCCUUAAAAAUCUGAGAAUUCUGUCUUUGGGAAGAAAUAACAUAAAGAACUUGAAUGGACUGGAGGCAGUUGCAGAUACUUUAGAGGAGCUGUGGAUCUCAUACAACUUCAUUGAGAAGCUGAGGGGGAUCCGUGUAAUGAAGAAGCUAAAGGUCCUCUAUAUGUCAAAUAAUUUGGUGAAAGACUGGGCAGAGUUUGUGAGACUGUCAGAGUUGCCAUUACUAGAGGAUCUGGUGUUUGUAGGCAAUCCACUACAAGAGAAAUACGCCUCUGAUCAGAAGAACAGUUGGAUUGAAGAAGCAACCAAACGAGUGCCCAAGCUGAAAAAGCUAGAUGGUAUCCUAGUUAUUAAACAAGAAGAUGAGGAGGAAGGAGGAAACUGAUAUAGCUUUCUUGUUGGGUAUUUAAUUAUUUAAGUGUCUUCAGAGUGGUUCAGUACAUAGAACUUUUAUAUAAAUGUUUGUUUUGAAGAAAAUCUUUGGGCAACUUUUAAAAGACUAGCUUAUCUCCACAGUCUCUCACCUGAAGAACUGUUUUUCAAAAUCUGGGCACACCAAUUUGUCAAUCUCAUGUCACCUUCGGAAGAGACCAGUGGAGCUGAGUUUAUCUGCUGUUUGACUAACAAGAGAUCUUUACCUAAAAUAAUACAUAGCUACUUUAAAUCCCUGAUUAGUGAUGCUUGUUGUUCACUCUUGGGUUAUAAUAGAAAAGUUUUAGCUUGUUAGGUGCAGCUGGCCAAUAUUAUCAUUUGAAACACUGAGGCCAAAAGAACAGCACUGUGUUUUAGAGAGACUUUACAGGCAUUGUUCUGUUUAAUUUUGUCAUGGUAAUCCCUUAAUAUUUUCAAUACGUGAAUUUGCCUUUUCUGCUUCUAAACUGUUAUGCCAAAUAGGCCCAGUAGUUGUGGACUUGCACACAAAAAAGGUAUUGGUCUGGUUAUCUCUUGUUACUGGCCUUAAGUCUGGAAUUGAUUUUCUUGCAUUGAACUCUUAACUUCAUUGCUUAGAAGGCCAUGUAUAGCUUCUAACAUAUUUAUUUAUUUUAAAAAAGCAGUAGCAACUUUUUACAUGAUUUCUGGUGAGACUAAAAUAUUUGCUAGUUUUUUCUUUGUCUCUUAUUUUAAAUUGGAACAUGUAGACUGUUAGCUUGCACCUAGUUCCUAGUUUCUUUUUGGCUGAUCGAGUGACAGUCCUUCUCAGCUCUGGAAUUUUCAUGUGACUAAGUAGGUCAGUGAUCAGAAUCAAACAAUGAACAAAAGACCUGGGUUUGAGGAUAUAAAAUUUUGAUUAUGAGAAUGCUUUUUUCUUUUUUUUUUUUUUUUCUGAAGUAUAGACGUAAGCGGUGCAUGAAAGGCUUAUGUAGUUAGUGAGGAAGGUGAGACAAGGUGGGAAGUAGGCACUGGAAAAUGAAUAUUGAAGUGCUAAUGGGCUGAACUGCAAGGAAAACAGUUUUGUAAAGCCCCCAUAUAUGACAGGUAACUGUUUUGUAGUGAAAAGCAUUAAGUACUGAUGAAGACAUAUACCUAAUUGCACUACUGAGGGCUAAUAGUGACUUGUUUCCUCUCCUCUUUAGAGAAUAGAUAAAGUGACCUAUAGAUUUUUCUGCAGCCUUUUUUUUUAAAAAAAAGGCUUUUCUUCUUAUUCUUGGUACCAUCUUUGUUUAAAUUGUAAGGGGAAUGAAUCUAUUUGCUGGUUCCGGAACUGUUGUAGAAGGGAUGGAAGCAGAAAUUGCCUUAUAAUUAUUUUGUUUGUGGAGGUGUGACAGGGGUCAAGAUCAUGGAAGUCGUCAGAGAAGAGAAAGGUUAAGUAAGUAAGUUGGCCGAGGCAACAGUAGUGUUCAGCUGUUUUUGUGAUGGGCAGGAAUAUUAAAGCUCCAGGUCUGAUUUUAAUAGAUGAUAAUUCUAACACUGAUCAAUUUCUACCAAAGUACAAAGUGGAAGGUUACAAGCAAAUUAUAGUUCCGUUUCAGUAUAUUCUUUCUAGUUAUUCUUUUCAUUACUAGAGCAAUUCUUAGGCAUUCCAGCUGAGAUUGGCAAUUGCAGGUAAGACUUAAGUUUGAUUUAGGUCCACUUUGUGAAAUAAUGUCAGAAAAGCAGUGGCAAAAGCGAUUCUGAACAAGCUGGUUCCAGACAGCUAUUUAUCCUGACCAGAAAGCUGUCUGCUAAUUAGCUCAUUGGAUUUAUCUUGUGAACAACUUUAUACUCGUAUGUAGUUUCUUUUUAGAAUUAUUCUCCUGGCUUUAAUCAUGAGUAAAGUCACCACUGACCAAAAAGCAUGAUGGAGAGAGUAGUCAAGAGCCAGGUCAUAUUGGCUUCUCUCAAAAUUAAGCCAUUCAGUUGACUUGCAGCCAGCUGCUUUUGGAAAAGUAGAUGUGCUUCAAGAACAUGCCUAAUGCAGUGCUUACGCCAAACUCAGCCUCUUUUGACACCAUCUUCUGUGUUAGAGCAGUGGGGAGCUGGCUUGUGCUCCUCACUACUGUAAUUAAUUAAAGCCUGUUUAAAAUGAGCCAGAACUUGAGUGGAAUGAAACAUGACUUCUGAUUAUUGCCAGUAAAUGGCAAUGCCAAAUUCGUCUAUACUCUUGGGAGAAGUUUUCAGAAUCGAAUAGUCGUGGAGCAUGGCCUCAAGCAGUGUAGCUGUUUUCUCAUAGCAAGAUUUCUACAGUUACGGUAUGUAUGGCUAAGUGCUUUGAAUGGAAUAAAAUAGGGGAGUGGACAUGAGAGAGCAGUCCAGUGCUAUGUAUAAUCCUACAGGUGAGCUUUUAAUAUCUAAAUACGGUCUAAAUUCGGUACGUUUAUGAAGGCAGUUAGGUACAGAAAAUGCUCUGUUUUGGCUAUUUUGUGACAUUCUGAGAACAGAAUACAAAGUUGGGACUAUGUGGUGAUACUUUGACCAAACCAUGGCUUCAUGGAUGAGACCUGAAGGGUAACAAAAGUACAGGUCUUGGCUUGUGUAAGUGACAAAUGCGGCCUAUACAUAUGGUAAUUAUUCCAACAACUCUGGCAACUGUUGGUUCCUAAAGCUGUCUUCAUUCUGCAGCCCAUCGUCAUCAGCUCUUUUCACAGAAAAACAGCACAAAUUCUCUAAGGCUUCUUCAGAGCUGCAUUACAAAUGCCACAAAAAUUCACAGCAGAAGGAAUGGGGCAUCUAGUUACAACAGCAAUAAGGUACACUGUAAAGUACAAGAUUUUUUUCUGUCCCCUUUCACCCUUCAUACAUCGAUAACAACUUCCUGCAUAUAAUUUAAACCCUUCUGAUAAAAACUGUCAGUCUCAAUAGCAACAAUAUGGUAAGAAAAAAAUAAAGCAGGGAACUCAGAUAGCUGUGAGAGACUCCAGCAUAGAGCUGGGUGGAAGUUUCAGCUUAAUUUUGCUUUGCUUGAUGAAUCAUGGUUCAUUUUAUGAACAAAUCAAAAAAAAAUUUUGAACUUUUUUCUCCUCCCCCCAAUCAGUAGGGUUUUUUUUUAAUACAUUCUUAAGAAAGAUUUGCACUUUAAAAUUAUGCAGUGGAUGUGGUGGAAGAUAUACACAGAUGUAGGAAUAAAACAGCUUAUUUGCAUAUUGAUGGUGUUACAGCAUGUCAUUUAUAAGCUAACAGCUCAGACUGGAGGCGGACUCCCUGAGCAGAAGAACUGGCUUGCUGUAGUACUGAUCCUCAGCAUCGCGCCACAUCCAUUAAAAGAGUAAGCACAUUUUUAUUCAUGGAUGAACACCUAUGUAAAACUUUAAAGCCAUGUGGAAUACUGCUUUUUCCCACUACAAUUAUGGAGGAUUAGCAGCCACUUUAUUCCUUAGAAAAAUUUCCUAAAAUAAAAUUGGCAAUUGCUUGCUGGCACAUUGACCUAUCUUAAAAGAGCUGAUGUGUGGAGUGAUUAUAUUGAGAGCUGUUGGAAAGCUGUGAGAAGGGACCUGAGCGCCAGCAGUUCUCCUUAUCUGUAGAUCACUCAGGUUGCACUAGAAGUAGCUUCCUUCAAGCAAGAGAGCACUUUCAACAUCUACUUUGAUUAUCUUUUCUAUACAGUGAUUUUUGUAGCAUGACCAAAUUGUUUAAUUUGCUGUGUUUAAAUUAUUUAGGCGUAUGUUUAUAAAUGUUAUUUAGUGAAAUGUGUUUAAAAAUAAUAGAAUGUUAUUUUAUACAAGAAUUUUUGUGUGUUGUGUACUGCUAUAGUUCAGCUUGUGGACAGCUUUCUGAUAUUAAAUUCUCAUUAAACUUUCCUAGCUGCUCAGGGAGCAACGUAUUUAUAGUAUGUAAAUACUGUUCCUUUUUGCCACUAUAUUUUAGGAUAGUAAAUUACUUAGACUUUAAAAAUGUUGAUAUAUUGUGAUUGUUGUCAUCUGAGACAUAAAUAUUUUUCAGUAUUUUAAGUAAGAAAGACAUUGUUUGUUAGACUUUGUUCCUACAGCCUAAGAAACAAAUCUAUUACUUUCAUAAAGGGAAAAAGAAAACCAAAUAUGCUAAAUAAAGGGUUGGUCUUAUUUUAAUACAAAA